AUGGCUCAAGGAUCGAUCCUUUCGCCAGUAGAGCAGGAGACUCUUGUGGGAGUCCAUCACUCUGGAGUAGUCUCAGCUGGAUCUCCAGUUGUAGGUGUUUCCCGUGGCCAAGGCCCUGCUCCUCAGCCUCAACGUUCCGCCUUGGGUCAUGGUUCGGUUGGAGGAUCGCGUCGAGUCGGCGGAGCGGGAUUGGUUGGAGCUCGUCCUCAUGGUGGUGCAUCUCGUCGCCGGGCUGGUGGAUCCCAGAAUCGUCCUUCUGGUGGAGUCCACGGAAAUGCUCACCAGAAUCGCAAUCGCAUCCAGAAGCCGCAUUAG